GAAAGACCCACAGCAACGCGUGGCGGGGUCAGCUAGUACUAUAUAUAAAAUGAUAGAGUUGGGAAGGUACCCCAUGCAGUACAAGAAUCACAGCUAAGGUUUUGGUUGAUUGUGUUUAUUGUAAUUGGUUUUAGGAUUUAUGCUGUCUUUGUAAGUUGCUUUGAGUCACUUCCAUGAGUAAAGUGAUGGGGGGGAAAGAUAGUCUCACCUUUGUUUAUUUGGAAGUAGGAAUGGGGUAGAAUUCAGUUCACACUUAAACGUGUUUACAGGCAAAAUUGUAACUCUGAAGGGUAAACUAUGGAGCCCAGAAUGACACUUGCAGAAUGGCGGCAAAAGCAGGAAGUGUCCAAUUUCCAAAUAUCACAGCAGGAAACCUAGUUGUUGGUCAUGGCCCUCAAGACCUAAUUCGGGCUUAUCAGCCGACAGAUAUUGUCGCAGAGAAAUCAAGUGUAGUCCUAACAAGAGUCUAGGGACCUGUCCCAGAACACCUUGCUCAGUUCAGUUGUGAGAUGCAAUUUUAAACUUUGGCAGAAAAGCGGUAUAUAAAUGUAGUCAGUAAAUAAAUAGGCUGUGUGUACACAACAGGCAGAAACUGAUAACGGGUGCAGAAGUCAGCAUUCUAAGAAUUUCACCUUAUGCUAUUCAGUUUCUAGUCCUUAUGCUUUUUGAAAUUCAGGAAAGGGACAAAAUGUUGCAAAAAGGAGCAUAUUCAAUUAAGUUUCAUCCUUCAUCUCUUGGAGAAUUCACAGAAUUUGGGGGAAGCAGAAUUUGGAUUACCUUAUUUUGAGGGACGAGGGAAGCACAGAAUAUAUACAUAGCACCAUGAUGAAAUAUCAGGUUGACCAUCAACAAUAAGAACCUUCUUGGAGCUUGAGCACAGGGCAAGUUGCCAUCCUUUUAGAUGGACCUUUUAAAUAAAGAUCUCUGUCUUCUUAUUAGCACAAGGUAGCAAGACUGGCCUCAUUGCACAGGCUCAUUGAGGUCUCGAGCAGCAGAAUGACUGGGGGUGGCAGGAAAAGAGUGCUCAUUUGGCACCUGUACAUGGCUGCCUCCUUCAAACAGAAAGCACAGGAUGUUCUCCUGGAAGCAAACAGCUCUCUGCUCCUGCAUGUCAGGAAGAUAAGGCCUGGAAUUGGAUCUGUUUCAGAAGCAUGAUGGUGCAGCUUUAGUACUCAAGCUUAGAGCACAAGAGAAGUGCAUUGGAAUAUUCUCUGCAUGAAAUUUCCAAAUAAUAAUAAUAAUAAUAAUAAAUAUUCAUCUCCAGGGUGUGUGUGUGUGUUCUCCAGAUCUUGGGGAAUAUACAUGGGGAGGUCUAACAGACUGCAAAAAAACACAAAAAACCAACGCUCUGAAUAAUUCUCGCCCUGGUUUUCGUAAUCUUUAAUGGUUCAUGUGGUUGUGUGGCUUGGUUUAAGGCCAGAAAUCAAACCAAACAAACUUGUUCCCGUGGAAACAAGGAAUGCCACACAAGGUUACUUAUUACUUUAUUGUUUAGUGACAGUUACUUAUUAGGGAAUUCCAGCCGAAGCUUAAGGAGGUGCCAUUUAUACAAUUAGCAAUUGCAUGGGCGACUUUUUAACAGUAAACAGGGGAGGCUGAUUUGAGUUAGGUGGCAGGAAAGGAUUAAAACCCCUUUGUGCCCCCCUGCCAGGAACCUCUUGGGUUAUUGUUUUUACAACUGCUGGUACUUCUGUGUGGCCUUCUGCCUGCCCCACUCCUUUCCUGCCACGUGUGGAGGCUUGCGUUCAACUUCUGCUGCCGGAAGUUGACCCACUAUAGGUUCCUUCAUUUGUAAUACUGGCUACUUCAAUCCCCACACGAUCAAAGCCACUCUCCCACCAGUAUGGCGGAAGAAGACCUUAUCUUUCACAUGGAGUGCUUCGAUAACACCAAGCCGGCGAAAGCAGUCUCUGGGAAUUACCACGACACCGAUAGCGAGGAUGAUGAUAAUUACUAUAUCUGCCCGAUAACAGAUGACCCUGUUGCAAACAAGGCGGCUAGUGACAAAGUCAGCAACUAUUACACCAACUUGAUGAAAAAUGAGCUGAAUUCAUCCAGCGCUUCUCCGAGGAGUUCUUUUGACAUCAAGAAUGGCACUCAGCAGCAUUCUAAGCAUGGCUCUGCCGUUGACCAUAGCCGGCAAGCUUGGAAGCAUGCCAUUGAGAAAGCCAAGCACAUGCCUGACCCGUGGGCGGAAUUUCAUCUGGAGGACAUUGAAACAGAAAACGCAACACGUUACAGAUACAAUGCUGUUACUGGAGAGUGGGUCGAGGAUGAGGUUCUGAUCAAAAUGGCUUCACAGCCUUUUGGCCGUGGAGCAAUGCGGGAAUGCUUCAGAACGAAAAAGUUAUCUAAUUUUUUACACACUCAUAACUGGAAAGGUGCCUUUAACUAUGUUGCCAAGAGAUACAUAGAAACCGUCAACAGGGAUGUCUACUUUGAGGACGUGCGACUCCAAAUGGAGGCCAAGCUGUGGGGAGAAGAGUAUAACCGGCACAAGCCCCCCAAGCAGGUGGACAUAGUCCAGACCUGUAUCAUUGAAAUGAAGAACAGAGUUGGCAAGCCUCUGUUCCACCUGGAACAUUACAUCGAGGGCAAAUACAUCAAGUACAACUCAAACUCAGGAUUUGUGCGAGACGACAACAUCCGCCUCACCCCGCAGGCUUUUAGCCAUUUCACGUUCGAACGCUCGGGACACCAGCUGAUUGUCGUUGACAUCCAAGGAGUCGGAGAUCUUUACACAGACCCUCAGAUCCACACAGAGGGUGGCACAGACUUUGGCGAUGGCAACCUAGGUGUGCGAGGGAUGGCCUUGUUCUUUCAUUCUCAUUCCUGCAACAAGAUUUGCAAAAGCAUGGGACUGACACCUUUUGACCUCUCCACCAAAGAGAAAGAUGCCUUAUUUCGAAGUAAUAAAUUGCUUGAAAAUGCUAAGACCGUUCUGCGAGGCACAGAAGAAAAAUGUGGCAGCAGCCGUGUUAGAACCGUCUCUGGCAGCCGGCCUCCUCUGCUUUUCCGUUUGUCCGAAACCUCUGGAGAUGAGAGCAUGAGUGAUGUGGCAUUCGACUCGUUGCCCUCUUCACCUUCAUCAGCGACGCCCCACAGCCACAAAACUGAACAUCUUAACUGGCCGGUAUUCAAUGAAGUGGAUAACUUGGUUCAUGAUGGCCUUGACAAUCAACGAGACUCUGAAAAUGGAGGUGACAGUGGAUACCCCAGCGAAAAGAGGAGUGAACAAGAAGACAUAGAUCACCGAGAAAAAGGGCAUUCCAAUUGCAACCGAAGACAUGAACCUGAUGAAGACAGUUUGGGCAGCUCUGCACGGGUCAGUGUGGAGAAAUGGAAUCUCUACAACGCUUCCAGAGUUCACAUUCACAGACCCUCCUGUGUGGCGGUGGAAGUGCAGAGACUCAAUGCCUUGGAGCUUGAGAAGAAAAUUGGGAAGUCCAUCCUUGGGAAGGUCCACUUGGCCAUGGUUCGGUAUCACGAAGCAGGCCGUUUCUGUGAGAAAGACCAGGAGUGGGACGAGGAAUCGGCCAUUUUUCACCUGGAGCAUGCAGCUGACUGUGGAGAGCUGGAAGCCAUUGUUGGCUUAGGGCUCAUGUACUCCCAGCUGCCCCAUCACAUUCUCUCUGAGGUCACACUAGAGGACAUCAAGGAAAAUAGAAUCAAAGGGUUUGAUUAUUUAUGCAGAGCAUCAGAAGCAGGAGACCGUCCUUCCAUGAUUCUUGUUGCUAGAGCAUUUGAUACAGGCAUGAACCUUCCUCCUGACAGAUGCCGGGACUGGAAGGAAGCCGUACAUUGGUAUGAUUCAGCAUUGAACAUGACAGAUUAUGACGAAGGAGGGGAAUACGAUGGGACCCAGGAUGAGCCCCGGUAUCUACUCCUGGCAAGGGAAGCCGAGAUGUUGAUGACUGGAGGGUUUCAUCUAGACAAGGACCCACAGAGAUCAGGUGAGCUGUUAACUGAAGCUGCAGAAGCUGCUAUGCAAGCCAUGAAGGGGAGAUUGGCCAACCAGUACUACCAGAAAGCAGAAGAGGCCUGGGCCAUGAUGGAGGAAUGAAACUUGAACCAAGACUUUUUCUGUGUGUAUGUAUGUGUGUGUGUGUACGCGCAUAUUAGUAUAGAUGCUUUUUUAAAAGACUCUUCUUUUGUGCAAGGAGCAUGGGGGGUGGGUGGGAGGAAAUUUAAAAAAAGGUUUUUUAAUGUGGUGUUAACUGAUAAUUGUGUUUUUCAUAUGACGAUUUUUCUAACUCUGUUGGAGCAGAAAUACAAAGCAGGAGCGGUGAAAUGUACUGUUACUGACAUUCAGAGAUGCAAUAUCAGUUGCUGUUGAUAAUUUUGUACAAAUGGUCCAACCAGGGAAGCCCGUCUCUUCAUUUGGAAGAAAUAAAGCAGACAUCCACUUUUAUGGUAGGCGCAAUAGAAAGUUGCUUUAUGUUUUACUUCCCUCUUCUAUCUCUGCCUCCCUCUCUUAGGAAAUGCAGAUAUUUUUGCAUUUGGGUCUCUUUUGUUAGAAAUGCAUGCUUGUUAUUGGUUCAAGAUUUGAUCCUCCAGUCUAAGACAUAAUAGAUGUGAGGAUCUUGGGAAGAUGGCCCUUCUAUCCCCACAGUUCUUGACUCUAUGGUGAUGGGCAGGAAGGCAGCCUGGAACCUCCUUCCUUUGAACUUGGAAGAAGCUGUAAAUAAGGAAUACAUCCAAGGGUGAUACUUUCUUCAUCAUACAACCACUGUUGCCUGUUAAUCAUGGAGCCAGGAUGGUGGUAGACUACUUGGUCUGAUGCCACAUGGAGCAAACCAUUCCCAAUUUCCUGCAGUCUGCUGAUUUUGUUUUUCCCCCCUGCUCAAGCUUUUAAAAUCCUUUAAAAAGAAAAACCCUGAGAGGUGAUUCUCUCCAGUCUCAUUCUGUUCUGUGGUUUAGGAGCCAAUUCAAAUAUUCAAGAGGUCCGUGAGGAACAGUCCUCUUAGAGAAAUGUCCCACCUCAGCGUUUACAUUUGAAAGUGCUGUGUAAGUCUCCCUGCAAACAGCUAGAAGCUUUCAGCCUGAUUCAUAAUCCUUUCAUGACUUUGAAGAGUAAGGAGAUUUAGAUGUGAUGUUUUGAUCAAUCAGGCAAAUUAUAUUCCACAUUUUGUUUUGAGGAGAUGCAGCCUUGUGAGAGAGGACCCGUACCAUAUGCCUUUCUGUGUGUUUGAAUAAGUUCUUAAUGAACAAUGGAAAUACACUGAAGAACUGGAAGGGGAAACAAAAUUCUGCUCAUGGCAUGUUGUUGCCAGGUGGUUGUUUUUGUUCAUUGUAAUAACUCAUCUAUCCUGAGAAAGGGACCUGUUAGAAAUGGAAUCCUGGGGUUUCAUGUCUUAGUGCAAUUUAACACGAUGGCUUUCUUGACUCUCAGCCUUUACAUUAAAACUGGGAUACUGUUAAAGUCAAGCUGUCCAAAAAAACCCCCAAAAAACUUUGAUGGCAGGUGUCGCCUAAUGAUCCUUGGAGGUAUACAGUGCAGAAAAGAACUAAUGCCUCCUUAUAUUCCUCAGUUGGCUUUCCAACACAGAUGACAAGGACACCAGAAUAAAGUAGAUAUAAAUCAAGGGUGGGAAACCUUUUCAGACCAAGGGCUUCCAAUUCCUCAUGGGCAACCUUUGGGUGUUUGUAUGGCAGUGCUGGGCAGAGCCAGAGGUGAAAGUGGGAGUAGCAACAAGUGUGACACUUACCUGUUGUACAGGAGACUACAUUUCAGCCACACAAAAUCCAGCUAUAUUCAUACACACACAUCCUACACAUUUAUCUAUCCAGGCAAGCAAGAACACAUACAAUCACAGCUGAAGGACACAUUCUAGCAAGGUAAAAGCACUAAAUGAGGGUGUGGAGAAGAACAUGAGGUGGGUUUAUCCUGGUGGGGUGGACACACAGCAUGGGGAGGAUCAGGCAAAGCAAUCCAGAUGGUCACAUUUGAUCCCUAGCCCCAAGAUUCUGAUGUAAAUGAAUACAACAGUAGCAAAUAAGGUGCUAUUUUUGCAUAUCCCGAUGGAAAUGAAAGUGUACGGACAUGGCUUCCUCAUUAGAGCCCUUUCAGAGGAAUUGCUUUUCUGCAAUUAGC